AUGCAGUCCUACAUCCCGUACCACCUGUUCCGCAAGCCGACUCAAAGUCUGUCCGACACUUCGUUCGAGGCCGCCGACACAUCAGAAGAAGGCUCGGGCUACUCGUCGGAGGAAGAACCUUCAGAGGAUACCCCGAGUAUAUCGGGUUGGCCGCCGUGUCAGACGACCGACUCUGGUGCCUCCACGCCUCUCUACCAGGGUAUCUCCCCAUCGCUAUCCGAAGCUACGCCGACUCCUUCACUACAGCGAACCCCGAUCUUCACCCCCCCAGAUUCCGAUUCUACCAGUAUGAUUGGAUCGCUUCUCUCCAUCAUCGCGUCGAUAUCGGAGAACGUCUCCCGGAUGAGAGAGCACCAGGAGCGCAUGCUGGCGGCGCAGGACGAGCGACUCAAGACGCAGGCCAUCACAACGGCCAACGCCUCUGCCUCCGUCGAGGAGAUCCGCAGCCGUGUGGAGGGAAUGUUGCGCUUCCGUGAUGCAGAUACUGUAUCGGCUUCUGGCGACGAUCAAAUCGAGCCCAGCACGAAUGGCAAUCACCCACACCUGUCUUUCCCUCCUUUCUCGGCUCCGCCUCAGAAGGACGUGAUAGUGCCUAACGGGGAAGGUUCCACCCUCCUCGCACAUCUCGACACUCAGGGAGACGCCAUCGCCAACCUCACGAUAACAGUCGAGAGUAUGCUCGAGCACUUUGAGUCGCAGACGCGCUCGUUCCGCUCGCAGGCUGACUCGUGUGCGGCACUCGCCGAUGCAGCCAAGCGCGAGGCCCGAGGAGCUGGGACGCACACCAUGGCCCUAAAGGACUUGGCUGAAGAGGUCGACAAGCUGGGUGUAAAGCAUAUGAGCGCACUCACCAAUCACGGGGUGACUCUCAGCACUCUGCGCGCCUCGGUCGAUGCGCAAAGCAACAGGCUCGUGGCGCUGCACAAGACAGUUGAGGGGCUUCGCCCACCAACCCAUCGGGCCGGAGAUGUGUUUGAGGCGGUGCUUGCAGUGCGUUCUGCUACCGCUGCACUUGAGCGGCUGGCGUUGAGCGAGAUCGCGACCAAAAACGAUACCCUCGCGUCGCGCACGACGGCGUACACAGCCGAGCGGGAGAAGAUGGUUGGCGAGAUGGCCGCCCUUCGCGCACGGUGUAACGAGGCGGAAAGUGCGGCCCGCACUCAGAUCCAGGCGAAGAAUAACGAGGUCCGCAAGCUAGUCGCCGAGCGCGACAGGGCAAAGGAGGAGAUGUUCAAAACCAAGGAGGAAUUGUACACCGCCACAAGCCAGCUGUGCGCCAAGUGCACGAAGCGCUUUGAAUCGCAACGUCAGCAAAGCUGGCAGUAUUAG